AUCUACAAGCUUCAAUGGCUGACGACUUACCAGAGGAAUACGACGCUAUAGUUUUAGGAACGGGCCUUAUAGAGUCUAUUGUGGCUGCUGCUUUGUCUCGAAAUGGCAAGAGAGUGCUCCAUCUUGACAGUAAUACGUACUAUGGAGGGAAUUGGUCUACUUUCAAUUUGAGAGAUUUGGAGGAGUGGCUUAGUCAUGAUACAGAGAAAUCAACUCAGUCUAAUGAUGGUGAGAUAAGUACUGAGUGUCGAGACGAUUUUGGUUUGUUACUGAAAGAAGAUGAGACGACUUUGGAUAUCGGUAGUUACUGGUGUGGAAACAUUACCGACAUCGAGGUAGCUGCCAUAGACAGAACAUUUGACAGCAAGCAAGUACAGUCUUUACUGAAGUCAGAAGAACCAAGCCAAUCAGACUUGACAGCAGCAGCAGCAUCAGUGGGAGCUGAUAACAUUUCCACGGAAACUGAGCGGCUACCAGCAGAUGAGAAAGUAGAAUCUGGUGAUCUAGUGUCUGAAUCAGUUGAUGGAUGUGAGGAGGGACAGCCUCAGCAGCUCGGAGAUCAUGAAGCUUCUAAUGAAUCUACUCAUAGUGGCACUGCCAUUGAGAGUGAUAUUGCAUCCGUCUCCCAACCAGACACACAACCAGUCACUUGGAGUGCCAUAAAAGACCAAUGGAGGAGAUUCAAUAUUGAUUUAGUUCCAAAGUUUUUGUUUUGUCGUGGUGCAAUGGUUGAACUUCUCAUCAAGUCUACUAUUAGUCGCUAUCUAGAAUUUAAAGCAGUGGUGAAAUUUCUGACAUAUCGGCUUGAUGGCACACUCCAGCAGGUGCCACAAUCUCGUUCAGAUGUCUUUAGUAGUACAUCCAUUGGAAUGGUGGAGAAACGAGUUUUAAUGAAAUUUCUCUCAUUUUGCUUGGAGUACGAUGCAAACGCGGACGAAUUUGAAGCCUAUCACGACAAGCCGUUUGUUGAGUUUCUUCGUGCUCGACAUCUCUCUCACAAUCUACAGCAUUUUGUAUUGUACGCAAUUGCAAUGAAAACGGAAGACACACCCACAAAGGAGGGUUUAAAGGCUUGUCAACGAUACCUACAGUCAUUAGGCCGCUAUGGCAACACACCAUUUUUAUGGACAUUAUAUGGCGUCGGUGAACUGCCUCAAGCAUUUUGUAGACUGUGUGCCGUGUUUGGGGGACUAUACGUUCUCAACAGGAAAAUCGAGAAAGUCGUCGUGAAUCCAUCCAACCAGUUUCAGGCGGUUAUAUCAGAAGGGAAGAGACUACAGGCAAGUUGGCUCAUUGGUGGCUCAUCGUAUCUCAAUGGCUGUUUUUCGACGUCAGUGCCGAGCAUCAGAAUUGGAUCUCGUGCAGUGUUUGUAACAGACAAGUCACUUCGACCAGAAAACGAAGAGAGUGUAACUCUUGUCACGGUGCCACCACAUGCUGCAAACAGUCUUGGUUUAGUUAAUGUCAUUGAACUGCCUCCAGUCAGCUUUGCCUGUCCAAAACAUAUCUGUCAGUGCUUGACAAAUGAUUUCAUUACACAAACUGUAUGUAUCCCUACACACAAUGUUGUCAUAGACUUGGUGCAUUUGACUUGUAAAUCAAGUGGGAAAACAGCGAGAGAAGAUCUGGAAGCAACAGCAGAGCUGCUGUUCAACUUCAGCAACACUCCUGAUGAAUCUAGUGGGAGUAAGCCGAAUGUUCUAUGGAGGAUGUAUUUUAGUCAAACUGCUGUAGCUGGUGGUGAAAACAAAGUGUGCUUGCCAGCUAAUGUAGUGCUCACGUCACAGCCAGAUACGGAACUUGGAUUCGAAUCGGCUGUGAAAGAGGCAGCCUCUAUAUUUCAUCGCAUCUGCCCGAACGAGGAUUUCUUACCAGCUCCUCCAGAUCCUGAGGACAUCAUAUAUGAUCCGGACGAGGUACACGAGCUUCCAUCAUCGAAUCCCGGUCACGAACAAAGCGAAGUAACCACAGAUGGUCAAAGCGAAAGCAACAGAACAGAAGAACUAACAGAGGCAAAGUCGGGUUGUGAGACGAGCGAAGAGACGACGACGUCUGGAUCAACAACAGAGAGUCAGACUUCAAACGUUAUGUAG